AUGGACGACACUAGGCAUGAAAAAGAGACUGAUGCUAGAAGUGACAUCAAAGCAGAAGAAUCGAUAACAGUAUUUGCACCAGCGAGUAUGACCGCUGAACCUAUUUCAAAAAAGAUUGGCAGCGAAUCACUCAAUAUCACUGGGAGCAGCACCUAUGGUGCCUCUAAUGGUAAUUCCAGCAGCGAUUCCAGUAUUUUAAGACUGCAACCACUUGCUUCAAAGCAUAAAUCAGAUCGCCUCUUGAAUACCUCUGAGUUACCCCGGACUUUUCGCCUUAGCACUGGGCGCAUCAUCAGCAUUACUACUCUUGAUAUAGCCCAUGCUCUUUGCCAGCUGAAGUACAAGUAUCCCAAUGACAAAGUGGAGCUCGUCUUUACUGACAAUGAGCCACGCUUCAAAUGCCACGAUUGUACAGUGCAGCUUUUUGAGGUCUCUUGGUUAAACCGCUUGACCGCUAACAUUGGAGCUCACCUUGCAGGCGCCCAUCAUGCGAAUGAAAGGCUUCAUAGGAUUAGAGAAAAAGACCCUUCCAGCUCGCGAUGGACAUGGUUCCUCGAGGAGAACCAACCACCAAAGCCUCAGGAUAGCUCCAUUGCUGAUGCUCAUAAUUCGAGAGGAGCGCUUUCCGAGAGAAUUACUAACCCCGGACCUUCCACAGCUUCUGGAACCUCCAUAGAUCCUUCUCGGGCCCAUGCAGCGACUAAGCGGCCAUAUCCAGGAAUUGAAUCUUUCGAUUCUAGCGUCAAACGAACCCGCUUGACGCAACAUGACAGCGGCCCUGUCUAUCAACCAAGGAAAAUUCACAGUGAAGAAUCCUCGGAUGACGAAUCGCAAUCCGAUGAAGAAUUAUCUGGCAAUCGAGGACAGCCUAGAUACGAAUAUGGCCAGAUGCUAGAUGAUCAUGGUGCUGCGAGUAAACACCAAGAAGAAGCAACAGAAUCCAUAGAUAAUGGGACAACCGAUGCUCGUGUUAAAAAACUAGAAACCGAACGGGAUAUUCAACAGAGAACCAUAGCCAAAUUGUACAAGAAACUCCACAAGCAACGAGAGAUUGCUGCUACCCAGCAAGAAGUACUAGAGUAUUUGGUAAAGGAAGACACAAAGCAUUCUGAAAUGAUGGAUUCAAAUCGUCAGGCUCUAGUUACCGCCAAUCAGAAGUUUUCAACCUCCCAGGACAACCACAAUACUCAGAUGCAACGCCUCAACGGACGCAUCCAACAUCUUAGACAGAGUUGUGAAGCCGUGGCUGGUCAGCACAGUACUGAUCUUGAGGAUAUCCGUAAGCGUUUGCAGAUCUUAGAAGAUCGUGAUUUGGGCGGGGAGGAUGAUAUACAAGGACGAGCUUCUCGACUAAGGGAGCAAAUCAAUGGCGUAGAGCCCGAUAACGAAGUGGAUGACAGAGAAUCUGACCAGUAUCGCCGAACCUAUACAGACUCUCAGGUUAGGGAUGAUCAUAGUCGCCCUGAUUUGGACGACAUGGUGGAUUCGAACGGGGACAGCUCAGAUUCAAUUUCUUCGCUUUCGGACGACUCAUAUGCACCAUCUAAAAGUCCCUCACCAAGUUUGAAGCCACAGCACAGCCCAAAACAGCAGAAUGACAUGCAAAAUAAUACAAGCGGUUUGGAAGACAGUAACGCACCUUCAAAGGUCAUCAUACAUCCAUCAUGUGUGGAAGGAGUUGUCCCAUCCUGGCACAAAGCCAAGGCUAAGAUUCAAGCUAUCGAAAGAGAUUUCCCAAACGAUUUACCCUACACCAUCAUGUAUGAGAACAAACUUUUGGAGUUGAUAUGUCGAGAAUGCUCUGACUUCCAUGUAUUGCUUGAAGGAACUUCCAUUGGAAACGUAACGAAUCAUGUGACCAGCGUUGGCCAUGGAAUCAGAGUCAAAAAGAGGCUAGAAUCCAAAGGUUUGGAGGAGACGUCAACUUCCAAGGUUGAGAUCCGGACACAAAAGAUCCGACGAAUACAACAGCAGCAUCGACCUUCCAAACAAGAGUUGACAAGAGUCAGGCCCAUCGAAUUAUCCGAUGAAAACUCUGAUCUAGAAGUUGGGCCACGACGAUCGAAACGCCGGCGAAUAGCACCUGCGGAUGGUCUUCAGGACGUAAUUAAGAAUCUCGACGAAGGGUUGCGAGACUCUCCAGCAUUCUAUACAGGCAAGGGGUAUCGCACUACGAUCCAAAGUCCUGUCCCAGUUCCAGAAGACAUCACCACGGAGAUUUUUCAAAAGUUUAAGGACAUAGACGAGAGGUUCGAACAAGGGAUGAAGGACCAGAAAAAAAUGUCAAUGAAUAUAGCCGUGGAGCUGAAUGGAUGCAUCAAUUCGAGUAACGGCAGGCUAGAGUAUCUAGAGCGAAAUCUCAGGGAACAAAAGAACCUAGCUACACACUCGAGCGCGUUGUAUUCCUCAUCCACAAAAAUAUGCCAUGAUGAAAACCUGAAAUUGAGGGCAGAGAUAUACAAGGAAGCAAAAGCUGCACGACUGCACAUGGAAACUACCCUGCAAAAACACAAAGAGGAUAAUGAGACCUUCAAAAAGAACAUAUCCGACUGUCAAAACACCACCGUGCAAAGGCUAAGCAGCUGCCUAGAUCGAAUUGUCAGUUUGGAAAAGACCUUGGUCUCUAAACCCGUCAGCAAACGACUUGUAGAUUUGGAAAAAAGUGCUGAAGGAUUCCAAUCUUGGUUAGAAGAAAUGUCUACUCUGGCGGCAGAGCGCACUGAGCAGCAGGAGAAAGAUCACGGUGAGCUCCUCGAGAAGCAAGCAUGCCAAUCUCGAGCCUCCUCGAACCUAUUUGACAAGUUGGAGAAAUGUACCCAAGGAUUCCAUAAGAAGUUGGCGGACUCGGUUAGCCAAUUCGAGAAGGAAAAAUUGUGGCUGCGCCAAAAACAUGAAGAAGCUUGUGCAAGAGAGAUAAAUGUCUCUGAAGCCUUCGUAGGUCAAGUUGUGAGCUUGGAAAAUCAUGCUGCCGAAUUCCAAAAGAAGCUAGAAGACAUGGAUGGUCUACUCGCACAGAACCAAUCGGAACAAGGCAAAAGCUCGCAAGCUAUAAUCAAUAAAAUCACUGGAUUGGGAAAUAAGAUUAAGGGGUUCGAGAAGAAGCUGGGAGAUGUGGCGAUCGUAGUCGAAAAUUGGCAACCGCAGCAGAGCAAAGAGGAUGCAGAAGCCAUCCAAAAUCAUGAGCAAGAGUGA